AUGUACAACCUAUUUCGGAAUCACCGCGGGCCCAAGGAAGACAAAGCAAGGGCGACAACAACAAGAGCAACAGCCCCUUGGAAGACGCCGGACAAGAAAAAGCUGGAUUUUGUGCCAUACGAGCAUUGUCCACUUGAGAUCCAUGUUGGAAAGCCACCAGUCCCUUCCAAGCCCAAAGAAAAGGUUGCGACUCUACCCAGUACUCCUUUCUGUCACGGUCCAAGUCCUCCCCUUCGUCGAGACAGCUUUUCCACAAUAACCACGAUUGAGGAAUUGGAGGCUGCCUCGAGCAGCUGUGUCCAAUCGCAAAUCACCGAGCUUUCAGAAGGAAUCCCCCAUUUCAUUUCCUUUAUUAUGUUUUCGGAAGAAGAUGAAGAAGACCUUACAAUCUCGGCCAGCAAUAUGCCGCUCAUCAAAAAGGCAAACAAGUUCUUGCCAGAUUCUUCCAAUGUGGGAGAUUUUUACGGAGACGAUUAUGAUCAUGAUGAUGACUGUUACAUCAACAACAAUAUUUCCACUGCAUGCACCAGUCCUAAGCACACAGCCCAUGGUCGCAAGUCACCUAGGCAGCUUUUAAAUCAAAUGGAUUCUUUCACCAACCGCAAGCGAGAGGGAAGACCUGCACUUCGACGAGGGGAAUCCAUGGGACUAAAUGCGCUUUCGCCACCGUUGAGAUCAGGAACUCUCUCACCACAGCCAGUACGAUCAUCGUUACACGGAAUUGGCAGAAGACGAAGGGAUAUGGUGGAAAUUUAG